UCAGGGCAGCGGAUCCAGCUCAACAGUCCAGUUCUGCAUUUCAUCGAGUGAAGUACUCAAUCUACGUCAACUGAAAAGAGGUGUGUUAUUUUCUACAAAAGAGAACAUGUUUGCUAUACGACACUUGCGUACAAGGAAACCAGCGGAAUCUUUGUCUCAUGAGUACAGGAAGCGAAGAAAUCGCUUGCUUGAGCGAGCCCAUAAUGAAUGCUUGAAAAAGAGCUUGCUUGCUGAGAGCAGUCGUGUUCCCUCCAUAAACUCGAUUGUCGAAGAUGAUGUUUUUUCGGCUUCCGACGAUGUAGUAGGGCUCCUCUCCGAUAAUGAUUCAUCGCAGCAUCCUAAUGUUUAUCCGUCCAUGGGGAAUGCUCAGGAUGAGCGGUGUUUCGUACGUAACGAUGAUAAUGAUAAUGAUGAUGAUAAUGAUGAUGAUGAUCCAGGUCGACGUGAUUCUGAUUCAAUGUCGUGUUCGACAACUGCGUCAUUUCAAAGAAAGGAGAGUUUACCGGAUUUCGAAGAUAGGCUUGCCGCGGUGUUCACUGAACAAAAUAUGACGCAUCGUCAAAUAAAGGCAGUUUUAUUAGCCUUGAAAAGUCACAGUUGCUUCUCAGAUAUUCACAUUGAUCCUCGAACAAUUCUAAAAACGCCGGUAUAUUCGUUAUCUCCGAUUAGUAGCCUUGCAGGUGGCGAGUAUCUCCACUUAGGUACAGAAGGUGCAAUAAAAAAAAUUCUUCAAUCUGCUCCUGUUUUGAUGAUUCCCGAUGUUCUCCAACUAGAUUUUAGCACGGAUGAAGCCUCGCUCGACAAAGCUGGUAAUAUUUUAAUGUGGCCCAUACAGAUACGUAUAGCUAAUAUUCCAUCGAGCUCUCCAGAAAUGGUCGGUAUUUUUCGAAGUUCCAAAAAACCAACGUCUGUCGUGGAAUUUUUUCAUUUCUUCGUAACGGAUAUGCGCUUCUUACUGCAAGAUGGUGUUCAAUUCGGUGACAAAAAUAGAUGCAUAAAAUUAAGAUGUUUCGUUGCGGACGCACUCGCUCGAGCUUUCGUCUUGUGUCAUCGAAGCCACAAUUCUCGAAGUCCUUGUUCCAGGUGUUGCGUGCAAGGCGAAUCCGUUCGUUCAGGUGUUAUGGUUUACAAGGGAACCAAACACCAUUUGCGCACGGAAGAUGAAUACAGGCCAAGAAUUGAUCAUGACCAUCACAAGAUGGUUGAGCAGACUCCUCUUGCAGAUCUUCCUUUUGAUAUAGUUUCUAAUACCGUCUUCGAUUACAUGCAUCUAGUGUGCCUUGGUAUAAUGGACAAAAUCCUACAAGGUGUAAUCGACGGUAGAUUUGUGAAAUCGGUCAAGCUCUCCGCAAAUCACAUCAAACUUGUAACCGAUCGAUUAGAGCAGGUAUCGAAAUUCUGUCCUCGAGACUUUGCUCGGAAACCUGUCAAUAUUGACAAGCAUGGCAAAUUUAAAGCCACCGAGCACAGACAAAUUCUUCUUUAUAGCGGUGUCAACGUUUUCAAUGGUUUGGUCAAUUCAGCUGUUUAUAAGCACUUUGUUUUGUUGCACGUAGCUAUCAGAAUUCUCGCUGAUCCCCAUCACUCGCCACAAGCUAUCGAUUUUGCCCAAGAGUGCAUCGAAACUUUCGUCGAGUUGGCCUCCGAUGUGUAUGGCGUAGAAUUUUUGUCUUUUAAUACCCACUCUUUACUGCAUCUUUCGGAUGACGCUAGAUCAUUUGGACACUUGGAUUCGUUCUCAGCUUUUCCGUACGAAAAUAAUAUGACCUUUUGUCGGAAAUUGUGUCGGAAACCGAAUCAGCAUUUGCAGCAAAUUUCAAAUAGAAUUCAUGAAAGUUGUUGUACAGCAUCGAAACCAUAUGUUGAUCCAAAUCAUUUGCAAUUUGUUAGAAAUCACGUUAAUGGUCCGAUACCCUCCUCCGUGAUCGUUAAUAAUAAUGAUAAAAACGGUAAACAAUAUCAGAAAGUUAUUACUGGGGAUAUUCACUUAUCCACUUCACAGCAGGAUAGCACUGUAAUGCUUAAAAAUGGCUCUAUCGGUGUCAUCAAAAAUAUUAUCGAUUACGAAAGAAAGGGAUGUCAUCUUCUUUUACGAGUUUUUUCAAAAGUUGAGGACCUUUUCAAACUUCCGUGUGAUUCACCAUUAGUCGGUAUUUUUCUCUGCUCUCUACCGAUUCCACAAUUGACGUUAGUUUCUCUAAAUCAAGUCACAGCUAAGUGUUUCAGGAUGCCUUACUGGUCUCCCGAAAUUCCGACAAUAGAGUCAAAUUCUCAAUUUUUCGUCGUCGUAAAAAUUAUGUCUACUAGCUUAGAAAAUUAAAUCUUCAUUUUGUAGCCUACU